AUGUACCCAGAAUCCACCACGGGCUCCCCGGCUCGGCUCUCCCUGCGGCAGACCGGCUCCCCCGGCAUGAUCUACAGUACUCGGUAUGGGAGCCCCAAAAGACAGCUCCAGUUCUACAGGAACCUGGGGAAGUCGGGCCUGCGGGUCUCCUGCCUGGGGCUGGGAACAUGGGUGACCUUCGGAGGCCAGGUCACCGACGAGAUGGCAGAGCAGCUCAUGACCUUGGCCUACGACAACGGGAUCAACCUCUUCGACACGGCAGAAGUCUACGCGGCGGGCAAGGCUGAGGUGGUCCUCGGGAACAUCAUCAAGAAGAAGGGAUGGAGACGGUCCAGCCUGGUCAUCACCACCAAGAUCUUCUGGGGAGGAAAGGCGGAGACCGAGCGGGGCCUCUCCCGGAAGCACAUCAUCGAAGGUCUGAAGGCCUCCCUGGAGCGGCUGCAGCUGGAGUAUGUGGACGUGGUGUUUGCCAACCGCCCGGACCCCAACACGCCCAUGGAAGAGACCGUGCGCGCCAUGACCCACGUCAUCACCCAGGGCAUGGCCAUGUACUGGGGCACCUCGCGCUGGAGCUCCAUGGAGAUCAUGGAAGCCUACUCGGUGGCCCGGCAGUUCAACCUGAUCCCGCCCAUCUGCGAGCAGGCGGAGUACCACAUGUUCCAGCGCGAGAAGGUGGAGGUGCAGCUGCCCGAGCUCUUCCACAAGAUUGGAGUGGGUGCCAUGACCUGGUCCCCCCUGGCCUGCGGCAUCGUCUCCGGGAAGUACGACAGCGGCAUCCCGCCCUACUCCAGGGCCUCCCUGAAGGGCUACCAGUGGCUGAAGGACAAGAUCCUGAGUGAGGAGGGCCGGCGCCAGCAGGCCAAGCUGAAGGAGCUGCAGGCCAUCGCCGAGCGGCUGGGCUGCACCCUCCCGCAGCUGGCCAUAGCCUGGUGCCUGAGGAACGAGGGCGUGAGCUCCGUGCUCCUGGGCGCGUCCAGCGCGGAGCAGCUGAUGGAGAACAUCGGAGCCAUACAGGUCCUCCCCAAGCUGUCGUCCUCCAUCGUCCACGAGAUCGACAGCAUCUUGGGCAACAAGCCCUACAGCAAGAAGGACUACCGGUCCUAG